AAGGAUCAAAAUAUUAGAAGGACUAAAAGUACUAAUACUAAACUUUUGCUAAAAAGUCAAUUUUUUCCUCUUCAUCACAUUAGUAGUGAUUUUUUUUUCUCCACUCCUUCCCUUUGCUCCGCCGCAGUUUCUCUGCCACCGCCGUAAGCUCCGCCACUGUAUUUCCUCCGCCGCUGGAUUUCACUGAGGAAUAUAGUAAUUAAUGGCGCGCAUAGGUUGCUUAUAGAUGCAGAAGCAGAUGGAUGGAAACGAUCUGAUUUUCCGAUUAUAUCUGAGUCUUGUCUCGGGGACAGUCCCUAUGUGCGAAUGGCCAGAGCAGGGAUUGAUUAUGAAUCUUCAUAUGGAAAAGUCCGUGCAAAUGACAUUGAAGCUCCAAAGAACCACUCCAUACUACAAGAGAAAUCAGGCACAUGUUUGCAGUUUCUAUAUACGUGGUCAAUGCGAGUGUCCUUAUAGGCACGAAAUGCCAGAGACUGGGGAGUUGUCACAGCCAAACAUUAAGGACCGUUACUAUGGACAAGCAGAUUAUGACAAGGAGUGCAAGAUAUGCACACGACCCUUAUGCAGCAAGUUGAAGAAUGUUUGUCAAGUUUGUCAUUUGGAUCUUGAGUAUGGUUUGCCAGUUCUGGUCUGAGACACUGCUCUCAGUAUCAGUUCUAAUGAUGCAAUCCCCAAGAGAGACGUUAAUAGAGAAUAUAUUUCGCAGAGGAGCAUGACCCUAGGGUGUGUGAAGUUUCAAUUGGAAGUGUUGCACCAAUUUUUUUGAAAAUGAUGAUUCUUUGAUGUUAGACCCGUCAACGGGCCUUUGCAUAUAUAGGACGGAUACACAUUUAAUUUAUAACUUUUCAGUUCUUGUACACAAGUUUGUAAUUAUGAUUCAAGUAUGGUAACAUAAAGAUAACUUUUG